GGUAGCACCACCAAAUAAAUAAAUUUCGCUCCAAGAAAUCUCGUGCCCUUUUAUUUGUGGCGCCGACUCGCUUCUUGCUUCGGAGGAUUUCCGGCCAAAAGGCGUUCUUAUGCGGUAUUUGAAGAUGAAUUAUUGUGAUUUUCAGCAUAGCAACGCCUUUAUGUCUCCUAAUCAGGAGAUUAUAGGCUCUGUUUCUGUUCCUGAUUGGAAGGGUUCAGUUGUUUGUCCAAUACCUCGGCCAGUGGCGCUCUUGACUAACAAUCCUAUGAGGCCUUUAAGAUGUCACGUGAGCCAUCAAGCUGAGGUAUUUGAUUCAAAAGCAGGGGCAGAACUUCUAGACAUCAUUCUCAAGAAGGAGGGUUUUCGUACAGAACAAUCCGCAACUCAGUUAGCAUCUUCCCCCCCAUUUUUUUCUGGGUCUCCUCCAAGCAGGACUGCCAACCCUUUAAUCCAAGAUGCCCGAUUUGGGGAUGAAAAACUUACUUCUUUAUCAGCAUCACGAUCUCCUUCUGGUUUAUCGUCUCCAUCUUCAGCUUGCAAGGGAGGAGGAUGCAUAAGAAUGAAGUUUGGGCUCAAACCGGCAGCAGUUAGAGUAGAAGGCUUCGAUUGCCUUAAUAGGGACCACCAACAUUCAAGCAUCCCUGCCGUGGCAUAGUAACUUCAUUAAAGAAACUGUACAUAUAAGGAAGCUAAAUGCCACUAUAUUCAACAAACACAGCAAACUUGACGUGAAAAAGGAGUUAUCAUUCUUCUCUUAAAGGGAACUGAGGGAGGGGGUUUUAUUAGCUAGUAAUGUACAUGACAUGGUUCGGCCACCGACUCAGCGCUCUGUUUAUAUCUCUGUAAUUAGUUUAAUUGAAGUUCAGAAAUGCACACACUCUUGUAUCUAGAAAAGUCACAUGUGUUGCUUGAUGAGAGGUUAUUUUGUAAACAUAAGAUGGAUCAUUAAGAAGGGGGUCGGUCUGUACAUUUCUUUUUGCAAUCACCAGGAAAAAUAAUUCUGUAUAGAGAGGCUUUAUGUAAAUAUACCUUGGUGAUUUAUCAAUGUCCGGACCUGAUGUGUUUUUGCCUAUAUUCAAGUGUUCUGAUAUUGUCAUGUUCA